CCCCGCCUGUCCGGCCCUCGAGGCUCGCCCCUUCGAGUGCUGCCUUUUCCGCGGGCCGGCUUUGCUCUCCUCCCUCUUGCCGGGGCUGACGCCGCACCGUCGCGGGAGAAAGGAGAAACGCUCGGGCGGGAGCUUGGCUCGGUUUUGUGGUUCUAGGCACCGCGGCCUCGGAGAGAUGGAGUACACUGUGUCACCCAAACCUCAGCUGUCCUCCCGGGCGAACGCCUUCUCCAUCGCGGCGCUCAUGUCAAGCGGGAAUCCCAAAGAGAAAGAAAGCUCCGAGAACACCAUCAAACCUCUGGAGCAAUUUGUGGAGAAGUCGUCUUGUUCUCAGCCUCUGAGUGAUAUGCCAAGCUUGGACACCCAUGGGGAUUUCAGCAGCAGUAGCAGCCCAUCAUCCCUCUGCACAGAGCCACUAAUCCCCACCACCCCAGUUAUCCCCAGUGAGGAGAUGGCGAAGAUCUCCUGCAGUUUGGAAACCAAGGAGCUUUGGGACAAAUUCCAUGAACUAGGGACUGAGAUGAUCAUCACAAAAUCAGGAAGAAGAAUGUUUCCAACCAUUAGGGUUUCCUUUUCUGGCGUGGAUCCAGAAGCCAAGUUCAUUGUGCUCAUGGAUAUAGUUCCAGUGGACAAUAAGAGAUACAGAUACGCCUACCAUAGAUCUUCCUGGCUGGUUGCUGGCAAAGCAGACCCCCCUCUGCCUGCAAGGCUGUAUGUGCAUCCAGAUUCUCCAUUUACAGGGGAACAAUUGCUGAAGCAGAUGGUAUCCUUUGAAAAAGUGAAGCUAACAAACAAUGAACUGGAUCAGCAUGGUCACAUAAUAUUGAAUUCAAUGCACAAAUAUCAACCUAGAGUGCAUAUCAUCAAAAAGAAGGAUCAUACAGCUUCCUUGCUUAACCUGAAAUCUGAAGAAUUCAGGACAUUUAUAUUCCCAGAGACAGUGUUUACAGCUGUCACUGCCUACCAAAACCAACUGAUAACCAAGCUGAAAAUUGACAGCAACCCUUUUGCUAAAGGAUUCAGGGAUUCUUCCAGACUCACAGAUAUUGAGAGAGAAAGUGUAGAGAGUCUUAUACAAAAGCAUUCCUAUGCUCGAUCCCCCAUCAGAACCUAUGGAGGAGAGGAUGAAAUUCUAGGAGAUGAGAACCAAGCAACACAAAGCCGAGGGUCAGCUUUUACCACAUCUGAUAAUUUGUCCCUCAGUUCCUGGGUCUCAUCCUCUUCAAGUUUUCCAGGAUUCCAACAUCCACAGUCCUUGACUGCUCUUGGUUCCAGCAGUGCCUCAAUAGCCACACCAAUUCCUCACCCAAUCCAAGGAUCACUGCCUCCAUAUAGCCGCCUGGGAAUGCCUCUGACACCUUCUGCCAUUGCUAGCUCAAUGCAAGGAAGUGGCCCGACAUUCCCAUCUUUCCACAUGCCCAGAUACCACCAUUAUUUUCAGCAAGGGCCUUAUGCAGCAAUUCAGGGACUGCGCCAUUCUUCUACGGUGAUGACACCAUUUGUAUGACUGACCCAAAUCCAAGGAGAGCCAAGAUUUGAAAGAAUGAUGGACAUCUUGCAAAGACCUGAGAAGAAAUAGUAGAAGAAUUCCUAAGAAAACCAGCUUGCAUAAGACAUGAUGAAGGUAUCAAAGUUACAUAAAAAUGUGCUGCUUGGAGUGGCUGGGAAGUCUAAAUCUGAUGUUGCCCAAUGGAUUCUGAAUGUAGCAAGGUUUCUAAUUAAUUGCCAGAUGAUGUGAAGGUGCAUCAUAACCACUAGAUAAAAGGCUGUGCUCAUGCAGUGGUAUAUAGCUGUACUGUUUAUAGAUUUUCCCUCUCAACAAAGGCAAAAGAAGCAAUAUCGAUGCAGUAACUUCAUUUUUUUAGGAGAAAUGGGAGAAAAAAAUGAGCAUAUUUAGCUAUUGUAGUUCCCUCUGGAAGAAACAGAGGAAAAUGCUAUUCACCACUCCCCUUUCCCAUCCUUUUGAUUCCUUUAAAAUACCAAUUCCUAGUUCCGUAAAGGCCAUAAACCACUGGAAUUCCUUCUUGUUCACUCAGCUUCAUUGACUGCAGUGAAUGAAAGUUGUGCAACUGCAGCAUGCACUUUUGUGGAAGUAGAGCAUGCAUGCAUGUAUUAUUCUUUUUAGAAUUGAAAGGUUUGUAUAUAAUUUGUUUCCAGUGGAUUAUCCAGUGCUUCUUAGCUCCAAACGAUAAAUAAAUAUAUUCAAUGACAAAACAAAAAACAGAAAAUGAAAAGUUGAUAUUUUCUGUUUUAAGUUCACAUUAUUUUAGUUCAGACUCAGCAUUGCAAAAGUGCACCCACAUUAUAUACUGUACAUACAUACACAAAAUGAUACUUAGUUGAGAAACAUUCCUUGGGGAAUCUUGGACUGAAGAAAUUUAAACAUUGGCUUCCUGGAACUGAAAAAGAUUUAAAUCUCUUAAAUGAAACCUGAAUAUGAAAUAACUUCAUAUCUUACUCCAAAUCAUUUCACUUAUCUAGCAAAUCAAAAUAUUACAUACAGCUAAUUUUUAUCAGAAAAUUAAAGCAGUGCAAGGGGAUUGUAAAACAGGGCAGAUAAAUCCAGAAGCAAAACUUCUAACUGAAUAUUUUAACUAGUGCAGGAUAGACCAGAUAAAGUUUACAGUAGUUUCUGAAUUUUUUUUAACCAGUACUCUACUCAUUCAAUAUGAUGAACUUUCUGAAGUUUCUUUCAAAGAAGAAAAUUUCAGUGAAAUUCUCAUGAACAGAGUGUUGUGUUCUCAUAGUUACUCAGAGCAGAUCUGCACUCACUAGUAUGGGCCAUCACUGCUUCCUGACAGCAGGAAUGGAUGAUAUGGUAUUUCCACUCCCAAUCCAUUACAAAUGCACCCUGCACUAAAGUUUUCUAGCUUUGAUUCAAACUGCUGUUUUCUGAUGGGACUUAAGCCCUUCAGAAGGAUGGUCUUGAAUGCUUCAUUCCAUUCUAGUAGCAGACCCAACUCCAACUGGCUGCAGUGUGUGGCAUGCCCCCUCCUCCCCAGCAGCUAGUCACUUAUCUGAGCAGCCAUUUCUUACUGGGCUGCUAUGUUCUCUGCUGGUUGGUGAUUGUUUUUUGAUUUUUAAUAAUCUUGUAAUUGACCCAACAAUGGCCUGAUAAAUGAAUGAACCAUUCUCAAUCCUAGAAGCUCAUGUUCCAUUCAACCCUUCAUCUUCCAGUAGGAGGUCUUUUGAUUUUUGUUCCUCUUGCUUUCCAAUCCCUGCGAAGCUUCCCUUCCCUUCCCUUCCCUUCCCUUCCCUUCCCUUCCCUUCCCUUCCC